AUUAUAAUAGUAAAUACUAAAUAAUAAAUAUUAUAUUUUUUGUUCGUUGUAAUUGUGUAAGUAGACAACUAUUAUUCCGGAGUGUAAUUGUUGAUACCCAAUUAUACUAUAACUAUAACUGGCGAAUAGAUUUAAUAUUUUAAACAAGUAUUUUUUAUAGUAUUCUACAUUUUGUGUAUACUUAGUUUUCAAGAUGUUUCCGAUUGAAGAAUCAGAUGAAGUAUUUGAUGCUGUAAUUCGUUAUGGUUUAUACUUAGUUGCUAUUUUUCAAUUAGUAUGCAUAACAACUGUGUUUUUAUUAACUGAUCAAUCUAAUGACUCAAAAGAUAAUGGUGAUGGCAGUGAAUAUGACUCUGAUGGUAGUACAUUUGCAUCACCUAGACGCCCAUAUUCUCAUCAUAGAUCAAGAAAACAGGACAAGAAGAAAAGACGGUGAAUUAAAAUAAAUUACACCUGUAAUAUUGUUCCUUUUUUUAAAGUUUAAUUAUUCAUUAUAAUAAUAUACUAUU